CAGCUUCUUGACCGCGCUCCGACUUGUGCCGUCCCACCCCCUUACCCCCAGCUUUCUCUGGAUCUUUCCAGUCCCCAUCUUGUGGAUACUUUCCAUCGCCCCUCUCCAGUCUCAUUUGUUCAUUUUUCCAGCCCCUAAGCCAUUUCCUAAUUCUCCUCUGUCCCCACUUCGUCAGUUUUUACCUUAUAAUUAAGUCCUCUUUUGUUUUUAAUCGGCGAGAAUUUGUAAUUUUUGCUGUUAACUAAAAUACAUAUUCACUUCAUCCCCCCAGUCCCCCCGAUAUUGUCAAGCAAAAGAAAUUAUUGCAUUGGGUGCGUUCAAAAAGACAACUCCUCCUACACUUAAUCCGCUACCCGUCCCAGAGGGUCACUUUUGCUGCCACAUCCCGGAAUUCCCCAGUUCCCACUCUCCCAUUUUGCCUGUCCUUAACCCCAGUGCUUUGGACGCCCCGAAGCCUUUGUCUGCUUUUCCACUCCCCCAAUAGUGGUUUGUUAUUGUUUUUAUUUAAAGCAUUUUUUUCCCUGGCCCCCAUUUGGCUUCUUUCCAUUCAGUGUAGAUGAAGGAUAGGACUAAGAUCCGGGAUUGGGGAUUUCCAUCUGUGUCACCUGAUCGGGUUUGUUAUCGGCGAGGAAAGCCGAGGGCGGAGUGAACCAGGUCACUGGGAGCGGGGCCCGGCCUCCUGUUUUGUAAUCUCCAUCUCUGGGAGGGAGACGUCCUGAGCUGCCUGGAAGCGGCUUUUUCCCAGUGCAGACUGUACAAGUUUUCUGGACCGUUUGACUCCCCCUGCAGGUGAAAGGAUGGCAUUCGUGAAGAGUGGUUGGCUGCUUCGACAAAGCACAAUUUUGAAACGGUGGAAAAAAAACUGGUUUGAUCUGUGGUCAGAUGGGCACCUCAUUUAUUACGAUGACCAGACAAGGCAGAAUAUAGAAGAUAAAAUUCACAUGUUGGUGGACUGCAUCAAUAUCCGAAUGGGAAAUGAAUGCCGAGAUUUUCAUCCUCCUGAGGGCAAACCAAAAGACAGAAUACUGCAAAUUGUUUGCAGAGAUGGAAAAAAUAUCAAUCUUUGUGCAGAAAGUGCUGAUGAUUGCUUGGCCUGGCAAUUUGCACUCCAGGAUGCCAGGACAAAUACAGGCUAUGUUGCCUCAGAAGUCAUGUAUGAUGAGACUGCAGUUGCUUCAUCUCCUCCUCCUUAUACAGCAUAUGCCACACCAUCCCCUGAGGUAUUUGGCUACAGUCACUAUAAUGGCACAUACCCUCCAGGAACUCAAGUCAUCUAUGCUGCUAAUGGACAGGCUUAUGCAGUACCAUAUCAGUAUCCAUAUCCAGGACCUUAUGGACAGCAGCCUGCCAACCAUGUCAUCAUUAGGGAGCGUUACCGGGACAACGAUGGAGACCUGGCUCUGGGCAUGCUGGCUGGAGCAGCUACUGGCAUGGCCUUGGGAUCUUUGUUCUGGGUCUUUUAAGUUUCUCUAGAUCUUUGUAUUUGUAGCUUCCAAAACCUUUAUUUAUUUUCUGUAUGCAACAAUAAUAUAUUUUGCAAGGUAUUCCUGUUUUACUGUAAAGAUUUUUAAAGACAGUUACAAUAGUACUUUUUAAAUAGUGACUUCUUAAUUAUAAUUAGUAUACAUUUCAUAAGGCAGGAUUGAAAGUUUGCUUUUCAAUUGAAAUACAAAAUUAAAAGGUUACUUGAUCAUUUCAAGAGCUCUUUUAUAGAACAUAGUUGUAGAAGAAGGACUUAUAUGAGCUCAUUCAUUUUGAAGAACAUUAUCACUGCAGUGUUAAACGCAGAGCAGAAGAGAUAUAGCUUUGUCAUCCAUAUUAGAAGCAUGCUGCUCACAUAAUGACCCUCAAAUAGGUAAUUAUUUCUGGCAGGGAAAAACCCAAUUGAUCCAGUUGCUAACUCAACUUAAGAAUUAACCACGGAACAGUCUGGGUGUUGGCAUUGGCAUGGCAGGUGGUAAACUAUGCAUGAUAAAUCAGUAUAGCCUUUUUGCACUACACAUUCCAACGAAUAGUCCUCAAGGCAGUGGUGACACUCCUCUAACCUCUGUAGUAGACCCUAUAGUUAUCCAGUGGUACUUAUUUUCUCUGUUGUGAAUGAAUUCAUUGAAUCUUAGAGAUUGGAAUUGGUAAAAUUUUUUGUAGAAAGCUGCCAAUCAGGGCAACUACUGUACACCAUAGACCAAAACCCUAUAGUUUCUCUGACAUUGUUCUCAGCCAUGGAGAGUUGUAAAAGGAGUUCAGAGGCUGACGUGAUUGGGGUUUUGUUUUGUUUGUUUUUGGAAGUUGGUACUAUUCAUACAUUUAGAAGAUGACAUCCAUGGCUUUUGCAUUCUUAAUUUUUAUUUAACAUGGUGAAAACAGAUUCAAAGGUCAGACCUCCACUGAGUACAGUUUUAUAAUGUGUAUCUGAACCAUCUCCUCUUCUCUCACCAUGUUUUGAAAAAUGAAUAGCAAAUACCAAGUUAUAUGUAGUGCCUUUGGUUUUAUUUGGCUGGCCUGCUACAAAAUAUUAUUGUAAGGGUGGAAUGGGCUGAAGGCAUUUGUAGCCAUUAAAAGUAAGGAGAAAGAAUUAAGAUCAAAUUGAAGGUUAUUAAUAUGAGUGUUGACUUAUUGAUAGUUUUGUAGAGUUUUGAGAUAGGUGGGAGGAUGAGGCUAAUGGGAAGAAUUAAUAACAGGAGAAAAUGAUUAUAGAAAUUAGUACAGGGGUCUGCUUGAGUACAUAUGUAGCAAAAUCGAUAUCUAUAGUCAGUAAACAGUUGAUUUAAUCUAGUUUGUGUAGCUUUCCACUGAAACUUUUUUUUUUUGCCAACAACCUUUAAUAUAUAUAUAUAAAAUGCAUGCACUCUUCAAUUCCAGUUUUUGUGAUAAAACUGUUAGGAGAGUUAGUCUUAUCCUCAUGGAUAACAUAAUCUUUUUUCAUGGACCAUUUGAUAAAAUUUGCUUUCCUUUACUUGAAAAACCAAAAUGUUUUUAUCCUCCAAACCUAUAUUUAUUCAAAGGGAGAAGCAAUUAUAGGUAAAGAAAGACCCAGGGAGAAAAUGAAGUGUACAUUUUUAGUGAGUAGACAUUCCAGAAUUUGUAAUGGUAGACUUGCCUUAUACUUAGAUGUAUCUGUUUUUUUGUUUUUUGUGUUUUCUGUAGUUUGGGCAUUUUUGCUACUUCCUGUUCUUUUAGUUGCAUUUUACUUGAAGUCUACUAGUUAAGAAAACUAUAUUUAAGGAGUCAGGGAAAUAGGAUGAGAGCCAUGUUUGUAUUAUUUAAUUAACUUAAGAUUAUCUUAGGUUUUUUAAAAGGUCGCUCUGUGCAAAUGAUGCUAUUAUCCAUUUCUCUGAAAGACACAAAAAGUUGAUAAUUAUUACCUCUGAUGACUAAGCAGAAUUAUGUUAAGUGUAUAUAAGGUAAUUUAAUAUACAUAUAGAUAUCAAUUGUAUUGGACCAAAUAGACAGGCACAUUUGUUUUCAUUAAUUCUCUCCCAAAGCUAACAAUGUGUGUAAAAAAUGGGAACAUGCUUGUGUGUAAUUCAGAGAAAUUAUAUAGAAGAAUAAAUAAAAAAAGCAAAGUCUAAAAGGUAAACCCUAAAUACACGAGGCAGCUAACACCAUAUAGUGAUUUAAUCCUUAAUUCAUUAAGCAAAUAUUUAUGGGAUGCCUGCCAUUUGCAAGACAAAUCUAGUCUUGUAUUAUUUCCUAAUUUAUAUAACUUUCCCUUUUUUCUAUAACGUAUAAUUUUUUAAUGAUUUUUCCCUGUCAUGGUAUAGUAAUAAUUCCCAGAAGGUCCAUUCUUUGUCAUGUUAAUUCUGUUUUGUGUUUUGGAUGACUGAUUAUAUAUCAAUUUUUUCUCCCAGUAACUAGUUCUUUGGUGAAAUUUAACACUCCAUGCCAAAUUGAAGGCCAAACCAGCUUUAUAAUGAUCCCUUGGAUUUUUGGCAGUUCCUGUAGUCUUUUUCUCACUGGAAAUAUCUGCUUUAUUAGACAGGAAAUAUAUAUGAGUGCCAUCUCACUUGAUAUUUGACAAUUUGGGGAAAAUAAUCACAUAGGGUCUGACUGUACAAUGUCAGUGCUUUAAAAUCAUUGCUGUUAAGACUUUGAAUUGUAUGUAAUAAGAAUAUUUUAAAAUUAUAAUGAUUUAGAAAAUGUAGUUUAUGUGAAUCCUCUAGCACUGUGAAUUGAAGGGAUAUAGUUGCAAUAAAACAGUUUUAAAUGUUGCAGUAGGUUGUUAAUAUUAAACUCAGUGAAAGUACCAUGUCAUUGACUCGUCUGCAUUAUAGGGCUAAAAAAUCUAUAAAUACACACUAUUCUUAUCCUAUUAUCUGGGGUUAUUUUAUAACUCAAAAGACCAAAAGAAAUACAAUUUCAGCAUGUUUCUCUGACUCCCUUUGGACUUAGAGUGGAAACUCCAUGAUCUCCUAUGUUUUAGCCUGAGAGACUUUGGCCUUCAGAAUCGCUAAGUCUUUGGGGAGAGCUUCUCCAAAAUUGUGUCUUUCAUUGAGUUCCUCAGAAAUUUCACAAGCAUGUUUUCCCUUAUCUUUGUCUUAACUACUUGCACUCAAAGACAUUAAAUUUUAGAGAGAUUGUACAAAAAAUGGUCUACAACCAUCAUUUUACACAUGGGAAUACCCAUGCCCAGAAAGGUAAAGAAAGUGACUCAUCCAAGAUAGCUGGUGGCUGAACAGGGAUUAGAACCCAAAUUUCCUAAUUCCCAUGUAAUUGCAUUUUCCUGUCAGACAGGUAUAACUAGGUUGUUAAUGUUUGAGUUAUUAGUGAUUUCACCUUAAUAUGAAACUGAGUAAGUUAAGGGGAAAAGUAUUUUUAUUCUCCAUGCAGAUUUUCCCUUAGGACUCACAGGAAAUGAAUUAGAUAUUAAAAAUAUGACUGCCCCAAGUUCAGAUAUCUCUCCUCAGAAAGAGAGCACAGUGUAGGCAACUGUCUACAUAGUAAAGAGAAAAAAUGCUUGUUUUUGAGAUAUGAUGCAAGUGUUGUAAAUUUCCUAUCAUCCUUAUCCUGGAUAAUCUCUUCAUAUCAUGGCUGUUGCAGACAACCACUUUAGAAAGCAAUGAAAUCUUUUUGCCAGAGAUUUCUUUCCUGUGAUUGCUGCCAUGUUGUUUCUGACUGUUGUUUCCUUGAAACCUAUUUUCUUCUAUAUAAAAUAUGCAUUUAUGUAGCAUACGGUGAAAUUAUUGUUAAUAAAAUGAGUGUUGAACUGCAAA